AAAGCUUAUCAAAAGAUACAGUUGCUGGAAUCCCGUAUUCAUUGUUUAUUUAGUAGCGAGUUAUAUUUAACAAAAUGUGCACCUGUGUAAAAUAUAUUUUGUUAUUAGCAUUUACAAAUGUCAUAGUAUCAUUGCCGACUACCGAAUUGAACGACGACUCCUCAUUGGGGAGAAUAGUGAAUGGAUAUGCAGUGAAUAUAACAGAAGUUCCAUAUCAGGCAUCAUUAAGACGUAAAUUGGCUGGAAGCUGGUCUCACAUCUGUGGAGCGGUCAUCAUCAGUAACAAUGCUGUGUUAACAGCUGCUCACUGCACUGUUUUUAAUGAAUUGAAUCCGUCAGCGCUCGGAGUGGUUGUUGGUACGUCACAUCGAAUUUCUGGAGGGCAAACAUACGAUGUAUCAAAAGUUAUAGUACACGAAAACUAUUCUUCUAUCACUUUAGAGAAUGAUAUUUCUAUAGUAGUUUUGGCUAGAAGGAUUCUCUUCAGUAAAAGUGUCAAUUCCGUGCCAAUUGCUCCAUCAAAUAUUACAUUGCCAGUUGACACGGAAGCUAUUGUGUCUGGAUUUGGAACCAUUUCGUAUGAAGGUACAUCGUCCACAGUGCUUCUAGCCGCUAAAGUAAAAAUUGUCAAUCAACAAUCUUGCGCAAGAGCGUAUGCCCGUAUAGCUUCAGUCACUACAGGAAUGCUGUGCGCAAGCGCCCAGGACCCUCCCAGAGAUGCGUGCCAAGGUGAUUCAGGCGGACCACUAGUCGCUAAUGGCUAUUUGGUUGGAAUCGUAUCUUGGGGCGAAGGUUGCGCUGAUGCUAUGUAUCCUGGAGUGUAUACUCGAGUUUCCGAGUACAAUAAUUGGAUACAAACCAAAUUUAUAAAUUUAAUGCGUGAAAUUGAUUUCAAAGUGAUAGCAGAGUGACACGCAGCUGGUCAUGUAAUGAGGUUAAUUGCAGGUCAAUUCUAACAGAUAAUGGGCCUUAUUGAGAACUAAAAUGUGAUAAUUACUAUUUGUUUAUUAAUACUUACGUUUGUUAACAAAUAAAUAAGUUAUUAAUAAAUUUCCUCAUUAAUACAGCUA